CGUGACUGGUGAGCGACAAGAACAGCAAGGUUUCCAAGACCGAAGCUUGUCGCCGGCGUGCACAGACAGCGAGCCAGUUGUGCAGCGCCUCUCGGUCGCUCCCACGAGUCGAGACUUGCUCCCGCGCCUGGCUCGCUCUCCUCUCACUCUCCUGCCCACCCGCACCCAACCAACCUCAAACAUACCUCACCAGCCGCCACCGCACCGCGCCCCGACACACGCACCCUCUCCUCGCCACCGCGCUCGACACUCCGCUCACACCGACACCGCGACCGCUCUCCACCCCGCUGCGCUCCAUGUGGCCGCCUUGAGAGGACCCGACGGCGCCAAGCCAAGCGCUGCAAUACCACCGGAGCGCGACUCGAGCGAUGUUUCACCAUGUGGCCCAAGUCCAACCGCGCCAGCUAUGGAAUCUGCCCACCAUCACGACGACGAAUAGCCUGGCGCACUGCACGCCCUUCACCCUGCCCUCCGCCGGCGUGCUGUCGCUGGGAGACGACACCGUCAUCACCCUCACCACAGAUGUCAUCUUCCAGCCCGAAUGCACUGGCGGGCCCCAGGCUGGCGAUGUCUUCACCGUCGACCACCUCAGAGACCCCUUCUAUGCGUCGACCAUCCCCAUGGUCUAUGUCGUCAGCGCGGCGACCGUCAUAGCAUGGGUCUUGGUGAUCAUGCUUACAAUCACGCCGAGAACCGGUUUCUUUGGCGCACCGGGAGCACCAGCGUUUAGCAAUGGGCAUGGCAUAAUCGGAGGCGCCAACGGAGGCGUCAUGGGUGUGACAGGAACAGGAUCAAGACCAUGGUUACAGAAGAUUGCGGCGCUGGCCGUCGCGAUUUCCCUCACAAUCGCGACGGCCGACACGCUCGACGUGGCGGAGAAACAAUAUGGGAAAGGCUACUCAGACGCGAACCUGCUGCGGAAAGAAGUGCUGGGUUCGUUGGAAAUACGCAUCACACGAGUGGUAUCGGACAUCUUCCUUUGGCUCGCACAGGUUCAAACUUUGAUACGCCUCUUUCCGAGACACCGAGAGAAGGUCCUGAUCAAAUGGAUUGGAUUUGUUCUCAUCAUGUUCGACACGAUCUUCUCGUGUCUGAACUCGUUCCUGAUCAACAGCGCCCUCCAAGGACGGAAUAUCGUGGAUGCGAUACCUGCACUAUCAUACCUAUUCGAACUGGCCCUUGGACUUCUAUACGCGGCAUGGGUCUUGUACUACUCCCUCACGAAACGAAGAUACGCCUUCUACCACCCGAAAAUGCGUAAUAUAUUGCUGGUGGCAUUUCUGUCCAUCGUGUCGAUCCUGACACCGGUCGUCUUCUUCAUCACGGAUGUGUCCAAUCAGGACGUUGCUGGAUGGGGAGAUUACUUUCGCUGGGUCGGCGCCGCAGCUGCAAGUGUGGUCGUAUGGGAAUGGGUUGAGCGAAUAGAGGCUCUAGAACGGGAUGACAAAAAGGACGGAAUUCUGGGGCGAGAGAUUUUCGACGGAGACGAGAUGCUGGAUGUGAUUCCCGACCAAGAUGUGGCCUGGACUGAGAGCCGCAAUCUCAGAAGAAACUUCCGGAGACGGCGUGACGAUGGACCAGACGGCGGUGGCAAUACGUCCAGCGCCAUGGAACGAGGGCAUGGACUCCACGGAGUCACCCAGCGAUUCCGAUCACGACACCAACAAUCGCCAUCCCACUUUCCUCUUGGACGGGCACAUUCAGCUUCUGUGCCUACUAGCCGCGAUAAUAUCAGACCUGGAGAUCCCACCGAUGCCACAGGUCAAAACACUGCGAUACUCGGAGGACCAACGCCACCUCCUCAGGUUGCUAGUCCUGUGAGCCGGACAGACACUACCAGUGCAGCAAGCACGGUCUAUGUCGUACGAUAUCAUCCAAUAGCCGAUGUGCCUCAGCCUAUUCGCAGGAGAGCGAACCCUGAACGAAGUGCGACGACGAGACCAGCCGCGCAGCGGCGAAGAACAGAAAACCAAGAAUACUCUGAGAAGGACGUGAUCGAGGGCGAAGAAGACGUGCAACCCAACAUUAACCGAGGGAACCGCCUAUGGAACGUGGUGCCAAAUCCUUUCAAGAGGAAACGCACCUCUCCUCCCACCGAAGUGCAAAGGGCACGCCAGGCCGCAGGUCAGAGAGUGCCAACCCCUGGUAAGGAGUCAUCUCGUUGGGAUGUCAGGAACCGGUUGGGUACAAUGGCUUCUGAGGCAGGGGAGAAAGUGCGAGAAAAGACGGAACGACGGCCUGAGCCCGAUUUACCCGUGACCGUAAUUCCAGCACAGCCCCGAGGCAGUAACCGCACCUGGAGCCCUGCCGACCGCACACAAAGGAUGAACGUACUGCGACCCAUUGAUACAGAUCAACGCCCGCCAGCAUCGCACGGUUCUGAUCAGUCGGGCGAUACUGGCUCGACAACUCUGACGGCGAACAGUCAGCCUGUGCGAUCGUCCCGACGGCCUGCCGUGCAGCGAGGCGACCACGGUGCUGCCAACGCUGUCAUCGCGACGCAGUCGCCUGUGGAGUACGUGUCCCCCAGCAGGAAUGGACCUCCGAGAGCGGACGAUAUCAGUCCAGUCAAUGGGCGGAAUGCUGGGACUAUUGUAGUCCCAGCACCUCCGCGGCGAACACCUACACUUCAGACAAAUACACCACCUAUACGAAAUGGUGCAAGUAGGAAUUCAGGCAUGGCAGCCUCGGGCUCGAACAGGAACACGCCAUCGAAUGACAAUAACGAUGCGGCGAAUGGUGCGUAGAGCGGGUCAUCGGGUUCGCAUUUCACGGCUUUGGGUUGAUGUACUUCUUCAUUAUUGAUUUAGCGUGGCGCUGGCGGUAUAUACCCUCACCCAACUUUUCUGGGUCAGGGGGUCAUGAGGUUUCGGAACGAUAUUUGUGGCAUUUCAUGGACGGCGGAAAAAGGCUACGGCUUUUAUAUGACGGCGCGCAAAAUUUGGAACUUCUCGUACGAGCGAGUGGGACAUGUGUUUUGUUUCACGACAUUUGUUCGUCUGAUGAAACAGGAAGAGAUGGAUUGGCAUUUUCUGUAGAUAAAGCGAAGACACUUUCGGAGUGUCUUGUAUAUAUGUCGAUACCAGACGACAAUUUACUACUGAGAAC